CUCUGCACAGCAGAGAAAUACAAAGCAGCAUGUCUCUAAAGUAAAACACACACAGCACAUAAUGUAAAACAGCACACAGUUAACCCUUUGAUCGCCCCCGAUGUUAACCCCUUCCUGCCCAGUGUCAUUAGUACAGUUGCUAUUUAAUGGCACUGAUCACUGUAUUGGUGUCAUUGGGAUGUCAGUGACACCAAGUCAGUUCCCCCCAGUGUCAGAAUGCCCGCCGCAGUCCUGCUAAAAGUUGCUGAUCACCACCAUUACUAGUAAAAAUAAAAAUAAAAAAAAAUCCCAGUAUAUAUACUGCCA